UUAUGAAAACAACAAGGCUGACCUUGAGGAAAUGGAUUUUUGACAGUUGUUCGCGCCGGCGCACAACUUUCUGUUUACAAAAUAUUCUCUCUCUCGAGCGGAAGUGAUGGGAAAAAGUAGGCUUGUGGCUCUGGACCAGUAGCAACAGCAUUUGCAGACCGCGUAAUUAGUGGCAGGGCACAGCUACAUAAAUCACUGCGUCGUCGUCAGAAGUCAAAGUAGAAAAAACGCAGUAAUAUUCGCUGCAAAGCGUGGAUCAGAGAACGACACAAUUCCUGAAAUACCACAGCAGCCUAGGACGUCCGCGCUUCGUAAUAAAAAAAAGAUGAGCAGUGAUGAAGAAAUCGGUGAAUUGAAAGUUGUGUACGAUUUCAUUGCACAGGGCAAGUUCAAGAAGGCUUUUGCCAGUGCCACGAAAGUUCUCGACCAGCGGUCGCCCCCAUCACCGGCGGCCGAAGAGGAGGAUCCGCUGCGGGAAUUGUUUCUGUUCGUCGUGACCAAGUACGCGGAGCAGCUGGAGCAGGAGGGCAAAAUCGAACAAGUGUUUGAAAUCAUCGAGCAAGGAUUGGAAUACUUCCCCGAGCAUCCGGAACUGCUGAACGAGACGGGUGUGCGGUUGCAAAGAUAUGGACGCUCGUUGGAGGCUUCCAUCUGCUUCGAACGUGUGCUGUUGCAGGACUCCCGUUACCUGAAAGCUUACCAAAAUCUGCAAAACACCAAGUGCGAACUUGUAGAACGAUGGCACUUUCGUAUGCUGAACGACGUUGUACGCAAUGCAGCGUUUCGAGCCGCGAUCGAAAGCCAGAUUGCCGAAGGUUACAACGAGGUGCUGGAUAUCGGUACCGGCACUGGAUUACUGUCGAUGUAUGCGCUGCGAUGUGAGGGGAUCCGUAAGGCAGCCGCUUGCGAUGGGUCGGAAAUUAUGGUGCAGAUUGCACGAGAUGUGUUCGGUGCUAAUGGGCUUAGCGAUCGGAUCUGUCUGUUUCAGAGCUAUUCGCAAGAUCUAAAGAUCGGUGAACGGUUCUCCCUGAUAGUGACCGAAACGCUCGAUUCCGGUGCGUUUGGCGAAGGAAUUCUCGAAACGUUAAUUCACGCUAAACGGCAUCUGCUGCUACCGGAAGGGAAAAUUAUUCCGGCCAAGGUAACGCUGUACGCAUCCGGUUAUCAAUCGCGCGCCUUAACAGCAAGCAAUAUUUUGAUCAACGAAACAUUUAUAGAGGAUUUCUCAUUGCCCAGCAAUUGUUUGCUUUCGAAGGAAGGAACAAAGUGUUACGAUGCGGAGGAUAUUGGGCGGAUUCAGGCGAACGAUGACUUUGAGUUUGUGACCGAUACCGUAAUCUCGAUGGUGGUGGAUUUUAACGAUCUUGACAGUUUGGUGCGCUAUCAGAAUGGUACCGAGGAGGGCGAGGUAGAGCUAACCUGUUUAGACGAUGGUCUCCUGUUGGAUGGUUUUGUCGUAUGGUUCGAUCUGCAGCUCGAUGAGCACCAAGCCAUCAGUACGGAUCCGACUACCAGCACGUGCUGGAAUCAGGCCAUCUUUCGAUUAAACCAGCGCCUUCCGGUUGCAAAGGAUCAACGAUUGAAGCUAACGAUGUCCUGCAAAGAUGGUGCGCUCUCAAUAGCGCACAAUCUGAACUCGGUGGAAAAUCAAAUCAGUGUACACGAACACGUGCUGGAGUUUCUCAACGACAAUGAGUACUACAACAGUCUAACGGAGGCUACCGAAGCGCUCGACGAUAUGGAAAAGGUACUCGAUCUAUCGCUCUUUCCCUACGCAGGAUUAAAGCUGUUGAAAGAGGGCAAAGCACGAAUGCUGUUCUGUCUCGAUCAGGCGGAAGAUUUGAUUGAGUUUGUUGCGAAUCAAAACGACAUUCCAAUGGGUAGCAUUAUGCUAGUCAACUCACUCCAGGAGAUAUUUCUACUGAAUGACUAUACGCUUGAUUUGAUCAUUCUGCAACCGGUAGAUGUUUUUGGACAAAUCAACAGUGAACAUUUUUGCCUUUAUCAAUCAUUACUGGCCAAGCUAAAACCCAUCGGUACGGUUGUACCAUCGUCGCUAGAGUUGCACGGUAGCAUUAUCGAGUCGGAUUGGAUCGUGAAAUGCAGCCGUGUAGAAAAUCAAGAACUGGAGCAAUUCCAGAUCGAUAAGUAUCUCGCUUCGCUGGAAACAGAAAAUCAUCUGGACCUGGGUCCAUUUUCCUACCGAAAUCUUUCCCCUACGGUUAAGCUUGCGGAUGUACAGUUUGAUGGUAAGCUGCACGAAACUGCCCUGGAAUUGGCGCUUACCGAACCGACCGACCCAACGCGGGUGCAUGCCAUACUGUACCACUAUCAAAUCGGAUUUACACCUGAGCGACCACUGCUCGGUACAGAUCGUGCUCAGUCCUUCGCUAAACGAUCUGCCUUCAUCAUUCCUAAGUCUACAUUCCACGGAUCGUCAGGAGACGACGAACCGACCGAUGCUCAAGCACAGAUUGAGCAGCUAUACAUUACCGUACUUCAAAAUCAUGGAGUCAUUAAAUGUGAUAUUGCUUCCGUUGGACAGUAAAGCAAACAAUGGUCUGCAAGGCAAAUGCCACAACCUGCAAUAUACCAUACACAAUUCUUAUACUAACAAUUCCUAGCCACGUGAGAAGCAACCAAUAACCUCUGAUAUAACACCCACCCACUUAAAUGAAAAGAAAUCAUCUACAUAUGUAGCCAGUGGAAGUGUUGAGAAGGAUUUUAACGUAGCAACUUAGCUUUAGCAGUGCAGUAUUAGCCAUCACAAGUAGAUCGUACACAGUACACAGCAUUCCUGUUGAAGCAAAAGCAAUGUAACCCAUCAUUCACUCUGUGAGUAUGACACAUACAAAAAUGUACGGAAUACCCAAAUACUAAUCAUAGUGAAAGCAAUCUUAGUAGUGAGUUUUAGUGAAUCAGUCAAUGGAUCAAGAGAAAUGAAAAAUUCGUCACAUUACACCCGCCCUAUGGGAAGGAUCAGGAGUAGGCGUAUUAGCAUGGAUAGCAAAAGCAAUAAAAGCAAGUAGAAUAAUAUUCUCACCAUACCACGCACCAUGAUUCAGAGGAAACUAUCAUUACCAACAAAUUGUGAUUGGAUGUUUGCAAAUACACAUAUCAGCAUUUACCGUUGAUGCGAUAGUGUGUUCCGAUGCGCAAUUGCUGUAAUUCCAAUUAAAUGUACUAGUUUUAUCAUCACAAUAAAAUAGGAUCAUUUCAGUCAAUGUGAGAUUUCGAUCGCGAUAUUUGUUUUUUUUACCUGUCCGAUUCAACAUUAUUUACAUAAUGGUAUAGUUAUAUUAGAUUGACAUUGUGCCCAAUUUCAUGUUUUUUUUUCAUUUAUUUUGUGUUAUCUUAGUUAUUUGUUACCUAGUGUAGUUAUUUAGUUGGUGUAGCGAUAGAGCCAACAGCGUUUUGCACAUAACAACCGAUACUGAAUCCACUGAAAAUCAUUUCCCCAUAUAUAAAACGAGGUUUACUAAUAGCUAAUAACAGGAUGAACGACCUCCGACGCUGUAGUACCUGAAAGAUGGAUAAAGUAUUUGUUUGUUCUUAGGAUCCCCAAGAACCCUAUUAGUAAAGCUUUUAGUAAAGCACAAUAGGAAAUUGCUACCAAUCAUCCGUGCUCUACACCAAUUCUCGUCUGAAUAAUGUUGAUAUUUGCGAUUAUGUCUUGUUUGGCACUUAUGGUUCCCAUAGUAC